CGGCUAGCCUUAAAGGGGACGCGGGCCGAGUGGUGGCUCGCGGGGUGGCCUCCGCUCCGGCUCCGCCCAGUUUCCCGCACCUCGCCCCUCCCCCCACGGCGUCCCGCAGUCUCGCCGCGCCGCAGAGUCGGGUUCUCUGGGUACAGGAUUGUGCGGAACAGGGUGGAGAGAUUAGUCUUUGCAGUAGAAGCAGCAUCCCUGCCGUCUGGGACCUGGCGGAGGGCGUCCCCAUCCCGGGUGGGAGCAGAGGAUCCGCCCUGACCUAGCCCGGCCCUGCCUAGCACUGUCCAGCCUCAGCGCCCUGCCCAGAAGUCGGAUCUCAGGCAGGGGCCGUUGGGGUCAGGGAGCACAGCCACCAUGGACAAGAUCUUGGAGGCGGUGGUGACAUCGUCGUAUCCGGCAAGUGUGAAGCAAGGACUGGUGCGUCGUGUGCUGGAGGCAGCGCGACAGCCGCUGGAGCGCGAGCAGUGCCUGGCCCUGCUGGCACUGGGCGCUCGCCUCUACGUGGGCGGCACCGACGAGCUGCCGCGCCGCGUGGGCUGCCAGCUGCUGCACGUGGCUGGCCGCCACCACCCCGAAGUCUUCGCAGAGUUCUUCAGCGCGCGCCGCGUGCUGCGCCUGCUGCAGAGUGGUGCUGGCCCACCUGGCGCCCGCGCGCUGGCUUGCGUGCAGUUGGGUUUGCAGCUGUUGCCCGAGGGGCCUGCAGCGGACGAGGUGUUCGCGCUGCUGCGGCGUGAGGUGCUGCGUACUGUGUGCGAACGCCCAGGGCCCGCGUCCUGUGCACAGGUGGCGCGGCUGCUGGCGCGGCAUCCACGCUGCGUGCCUGAUGGCCCGCACCGCCUGCUCUUCUGCCAGCAGCUGGUGCGCUGUCUUGGCCGCUUCCGCUGCCCUGCCGAGGGCGAAGAGGGUGCCGUGGAGUUCCUGGAGCAAGCCCAGCAAGUGAGCGGGCUUCUGGCGCAGCUGUGGCGCGCGCAGCCCGCUGCCAUCCUGCCCUGCCUCAAGGAGCUGUUCGCAGUCAUCUCCUGCACAGAGGAGGAGCCACCAUCUAGCGCCCUGGCCAGCGUGGUCCAGCACCUCCCAUUGGAGCUCAUGGAUGGUGUCGUCCGGAACCUCAGCAAUGAUGACAGUGUGACAGAUUCCCAGAUGCUGACUGCCAUCAGCAGGAUGAUUGACUGGGUGUCCUGGCCUCUGGGGAAGAACAUUGACAAGUGGAUCAUUGCACUGCUGAAGGGCCUGGCUGCUGUUAAGAAGUUCAGCAUCUUGAUCGAGGUUUCACUCGCCAAAAUUGAGAAGGUGUUUUCCAAGCUGCUGUACCCCAUUGUCCGGGGAGCUGCCUUGUCCGUCCUCAAGUACAUGCUCCUGACUUUCCAGCACUCCCAUGAGGCCUUCCACCUGCUCCUUCCUCACAUUCCUCCCAUGGUGGCUUCUCUGCUCAAGGAGGACUCGAACUCAGGAACUAGCUGCCUGGAGCAGCUGGCAGAGCUGGUUCACUGCAUGGUGUUCCGGUUCCCAGGCUUCCCAGACCUGUAUGAGCCCAUCAUGGAGGCCAUCAAGGACCUCCAUGUUCCCAAUGAAGACCGCAUCAAGCAGCUGCUGGGCCAGGAUGCCUGGACUUCACAGAAGAGUGAGCUGGCUGGCUUCUACCCCCGGCUCAUGGCCAAGUCAGACACGGGCAAGAUUGGUUUAAUCAAUCUGGGCAACACAUGCUAUGUGAACAGCAUCCUCCAGGCCUUGUUUAUGGCUUCUGACUUCAGACACUGUGUGCUCCGUUUGACUGAGAACAACUCACAGCCCUUGAUGACCAAGCUGCAAUGGCUCUUUGCCUUCCUAGAGCAUAGCCAGCGGCCUGCCAUUUCCCCAGAGAACUUCCUCUCUGCUUCUUGGACACCCUGGUUCAGCCCUGGCACCCAGCAGGACUGCUCAGAGUACCUGAAGUACCUGCUGGAUCGGCUGCAUGAGGAGGAGAAAACUGGGGCAAGGAUCUGCCAAAAGCUCAAGCAGUCCAGCUCGCCCUCCCCACCUGAGGAGCCACCCAGUCCAAGUUCAACCUCUGUGGAGAAAAUGUUUGGAGGCAAGAUUGUGACUCGGAUACGCUGCCUCCGCUGCCUCCAAGUCUCCUCCAGGGAGGAGGCCUUCACAGACCUUUCCCUUGCCUUUCCUCCCCCUGAGCGUUGUCGCCGCCGCCGCCUGGGCUCAGUGAUGCUCCCUGCAGAGGAGGUUCGAGCCGGGGACCUCCCACCAUCACCCCGAUCCAAGGUCCCAAACCGAGAGGGUCCUCGGAGGCAAAGGAAACACUACAUCACAGGGGACGUCCUUCCCACCGUCCUGGACAUUGCCAACCUAGGCUCCCAGGGGCCUGUGGGGCAGAGGAGUAAGGAGGAGCCGGUGGAGAGGGAGGAGGAUGGGGAGGAGCAGCACACAGAGAAGGAGGAGAAAGAAGUGGGAAAGGCAGAGGAGGAGGAGGAAAAGACGGAGGAGGAGGAGGAACAGAAAGAGGUGGAGGAAGAAAGGAAGGUGGAAGAGGAAAGGAAGGUGGAGGAGGAAGAGAAGGCAGAGAAGGAGAAGGAAAAGGAGGCAGAGAAUGAGAAGGAGAAGGAUGAGGACAGCCAAGGACCAGAUGCCCACAGAGAUGCUGCACCCUCCUCUGGAGAGCAAGUGUGUGGCCCUGAGGGCUCCCGCUCUGUCCUAGACUUGGUCAACUACUUCCUGUCUCCUGAAAGGCUGACAGCAGAGAACCGCUACUACUGCGAUUCAUGCGCCUCCUUGCAGGAUGCUGAGAAGGCGGUGGAGCUGAGCCAGGGGCCCCGCUACCUCAUCUUGACACUGCUGCGCUUCUCCUUCGACCUGCGCACCAUGCGGCGCCGCAAGAUCCUGGACGACGUCGCCAUACCCCUGCUGCUCCGCCUGCCACUGGCGGGUGGCCAGGGCCAGGCCUAUGACCUCUGUAGUGUUGUGGUACACUCUGGUGUGUCCUCGGAGAGCGGCCACUAUUACUGUUAUGCCCGUGAGGGGACUGCCCGCCUACCCCCUUCUCUGGGAACUGUGGACAAAUCUGAGCCUGAGAACCAGUGGUAUCUGUUCAACGACACUCGGGUGUCCUUCUCUUCCUUUGAAUCUGUCAGCAACGUCACCUCCUUCUUCCCCAAGGACACGGCCUAUGUGCUUUUUUAUCGGCAGCGGCCUGGGGAGGGGCCCGAAGCCGAGCCUGACUCCCCCAGGGUCCGAGCGGAGCCCACCCUCCACAAGGACUUGAUGGAAGCCAUUUCCAAAGACAACAUCCUUUACUUGCAGGAGCAGGAGAAGGAGGCACGGAGCAGGGCAGCCUACAUCUCUGCACUCCCUGCAUCUCCCCACUGGGGAAGGGGCUUUGACAAAGACAAGGAUGAGGAUGAAGGCUCUCCAGGGGGCUGCAACCCUGCAGGUGGCAAUGGUGGUGACUUCCACAGACUUGUCUUCUAAGGCAAACCCUGCCCCCC